AUGGCUCCAGUUUUUCACCAUGUCCUGCUAGUUCUUGUUUGGUUGGAGAUACAAGCAGCUCAACCUCCCUGUUUGCAAGGAUGCACCUGCUCAGAGGAAAAUUUUGGCAGGACUCUGCAGUGCAUGUCUCUCUCUUCGAGAAAGAUCCCGGGAAACCUUCCUGAAGAAUUCAAACGAGUGAGAAUCGAAAACUCACCCUUAUUUGAACUGCCCCGGGGGUCUUUCACCAACAUGAGCACCUUGGAGUACCUUUGGCUGAACUUUAACAACCUCACUGUGAUGCACUUGGGAGCCCUGGAACACCUGCCUCUGCUGAGAGAGCUGAGGCUGGAGGGGAACAAGCUGAGCUCAGUACCAUGGACAGUGUUCCAUGCCACACCUCUCCUGCGUGUCCUGGAUCUCAGACACAACAGGAUCGAUGUCCUCCCCGAGCUGGCUCUUCAGUUUUUGGUCAGCCUGACCUUCCUUGACCUGUCCUACAAUAGACUCACUGUGGUAUCCAGGAGUGUUUUCUUGAACUGGCCAGCUUACCAGAAAUGCCAACAACCCGGAUGCAGAGGCAAAGCUGUCUCUAGCAUGGUGCUGGCCCUCCAUGACAACCCCUGGAUUUGUGACUGUCGCCUCAGGGGGCUUGUCCAGUUUUUCAAGUCUGUUAUCCUCCCAUUCAUACUGGUGAAUUCCUACCUGAUAUGCCAGGGUCCUCCUUCCAAAGCAGGGCAGCUUUUUCAUGAAAUUGAGCUCAGUGCUUGCAUGAAGCCACAAAUCUCAACUUCUAGCACCAAUGUCACCAUCCAGGUGGGACAGAAUGUGACCCUGAGAUGCUUGGCGCAGGCCCAACCCUCACCAACCAUUGCAUGGACUUACCCUCUGAGCACAUGGAGGGAAUUUGAUGUGUUGACCUCCUCCAUGGCAGCUGAUGCAGUUCUGUCACAGCUGACCAUCCCGGCUGCCCACCUUGUAGACAGUGGCAACUACACCUGUGUGGCCUCCAACUCCAUGGGUAGGAGCAAGCUCAUCAUCUCCCUCCAUGUCCAGCCUGCCCAGGCCGUGCCCGCCUCCCUCUCUCCCUCCAGCCCCUCGGAGGGCCACGCCUACGUGGAUCUGCGGGUUGUCAAGCCCACGGAGCAUGGGAUCUUACUGCAAUGGCUAGCGGUGGCCACUGGCCCUGAGGAGGAGUGGUUCACCUUGUAUGUGGCAUCAGAUGCAGCUCUCCAGAAGGAGGUGGUCCACAUUGGCCCUGGCAUCAACACAUACGCCAUAGAAGACCUGAUCCCUGGCACAAAGUAUGAGGCAUGCAUCAGCCUGGGCAGCCAGCCCCCACACCAUGGCCAGUGCGUGGUCUUUGUGACUGGCAGAGAUGGUGGUGGACUGGAGGGUCGCGAGCGACUCCUGCACAUCACGGUGGUCCUGUGUGUUGUGCUGCUGGCGGUACCCGUGGCCAUUUAUGCCUGGGUGGUCCAGGGCCUCUGCAGCUGCCGCCAAUGGGGUCUCUUCUGCUGUCCUCGUCACAGGAAAGUCCCCAGGUGCCCCCAUGCAGCCCCACAGGACAGGGACAGCUCCUUCAGAGACCAUUCGGUCAUCUGGGAGGACCCUGAGGGCCACAGAGACACUGAAGUGGACAAGGAGAAAGGGGAAGGAGAUGGUGGCUGA